AGUGGUGCCAAGAAGCGUUACUAAGGCGGUCGCACCUAACUAAACCAGUUUGAUGACGCACUUCCUGGAAGUCUUCAAAAUGCCGAGAGUGAAAGUUUGUGAUAUGGAAGUGAUCUUUUUUGAGACAAGGAUGUUAAGUCGAUACAUACUACAAUGUGUUAAAUAAAUGAAUCGUUGACAGAUGUGCUCCUGAUGAGUUAAUUGAAGUAGGGCCUUUAUUUAGAAUACCAGGUGAGGUAACGGUUUAAAAUUAUUAUUUUUGCGUUUUAAAAAACAAAUCAAAACAAACAUCUGGAUCUAUUUUCGCCUUCAGAUUAAAAGUGAUUUGAUUCAAACUUUGUGCCAAAUUCUAAAUGGUGGUGUAUCAGAAUUACACCAUCUGACCAAACCUAAACAACGAAAAAACAAAAAAAAAAAACCCCCCCAAAAAAAAAAAAAAAAUUAAAAUAAAAAAAAAAAAAUUAAAAAAAAAUAAAAUAAAAAAUAAAUAAAUUAAAAAUUAAUCAUUUUACUUUUUCAUGAAUUAAUUAUUUUAAGACAACGAUUACCUCCCCAAUAAUUGUUUAAUACAAUGAUCAGUCCUUUUACUUCUGUACAUGGCGGCUUCCAUUCAAACAAACAAAACAUUUUAGUGAAUAUUUAAAAUAAUUUGUUCAUACCAUUCCAAGUGAUAACAAAUAUUCAGGAUGUUCAAAGUAAUUAAAGUUUUAUGGAAACAGAAAAGCUAAGCCUAAAAUUGGACCCAGUGAGGAUAUUUUAAAUGUAAAUAAUCAAAGCAAGAAUCUGAUACUGGAAGUAGCUAUUUGAUUACCGCUAUUACUAUUUGGACCCUGACCGGCGGUUAUCAAUAUUAGAGUCAGAACCGAGAGGUUGGGAUUUAAAAAUAUUAGAAAUAUUAUUGUUGGGUUUGUGAGACGAAAUUUGGUAUCAAAUGAAAGAUAAUUGAAUGGACUACUUGUAAGAUUACUUCUUCAGUUUAACUAAAAUAAACUACCACUAAUAAACUAAAUUAAUAAUUCAUUAAGUUGGUUAUCCAGAGUCCAGAGUGUAAAUGGGAAAUAUAACUAAUAAGAAAUCAUUUUAUAUCAAUAAAAAUGUUUUGUAACAUAAAUAAUUAUUAUUGGCUUAUUGAAUAUCAGUGAUUUUAAUUUUUGGGUUGGUUGCCAUGGACCUGGCUGACACUGACAUGGGACUGAUAUGCUCUUGUCUUUCAAUUUUGACUUAGAUAGGCUUAGUAAAAGUAUUAUAAUGGUAAUUAUACUAUCAUAAAUGAUUUAAGGAGUGGGAUAAAUAGCUUUUAUUACAACUAAUAUAUUUAUCAUUUAUGUUAGUUUAUAUAUUUAUAGAUAAAUAUUUAUAUAUAUAUAAUGAUCAUACGCUAUAGGCCUUGCAUACAUAUAGUAUAAUACAAAGUAUACUAUAUGAGGGUUAAGGCCUAGACCCAAUCCAACUAAUUUGUAGGGGCUAUUAUAAUAAAUUAUAUUUUAUGAUAUUUUAGGAUAUGUAAUAAAAUUUUAAUGAAUAUUGUGAAGGCUUAAGGCAUAAGUAAAAUUUUAAAAAAAUAUUCACUUACCUUUGGUAUUGAAAUAUCCUAUAUUUAAUCACAUAUCACAAAAUUCCACAAGAGAAUUAUUAUGUAAUUCUCAGUUUCUCAAAGAAAAAAAACACACUUUCUGGCACAACAAUCCAAGAAUUACUUAAGAUAUUAUUACCGGUACUAAAGAACAAUCAUAAAAACCUGUACUUACCUCUAGUAAAUGACUAGAACUUAUUUUAUUUUCUAUUAACAGCUCAAGUCAAAGUUGAUUCUAAUAAUACAUGUUGAUUUGUAAAACAAGAUUACAAACUUAAAAUAAAUGACACGCUGAUUGUUUUGUCAUUAUAGGAAUAAUAUAAUAUACAUAUGUAGAAAAUGGUAAAACAAAUAAUCCCUUAAUUAUUUUUGUAUGCUUAUAAAUGCUAAACAAUUCCACAGAAAAUCUGCAAUUAAUAUCUAAAGAAUAUUAUUAUUAUUAUGAUUUUUGGGAAAUUAAAAACAAAAUUAAAACAAAAUUUUAAUUAAUUAAUUACAAAUAAGUGUUGAGUCAGCAUUUUUAUACAUUUUUUUUUUGAUAGGCACAUAAUAAAGUUUUAAAAAAAAAUAUUUGUGGCACAUUAACAAAAAUUAACAUAUAUUUUGUGGCUUUAUUUAGAAGUACUCUUAUUUAACUAUGUUCCCUGUAAAUAUUAUAUUUUUGUAUCAUUUUAUAAUAAAGUUACAGACGUUAAAAAAAAAGCAAAAUGAGGGUCACAAAACGUUGAGGAAAAUCCCAUAGUAAAAAUGUGGUUUUGAGAUCCCUACUAAAAAAUUCAUAACUUUUGAACCACUUGAGCUAAAAAGUUGAUCUUGGUGUUUUUGUAAUCUAUUCUCCAGGCCCUAUACAGCUGUAGUAUUUUUAAAAUUUAAAAAAAGGUUUUGAAAUUUUCAUCAAAGUGGCUAGUAAAUGCUAUUCUGAUGUCAUUUGUGAUUGUGGUAGUUUAUUUUAGUUAAACCGAAGAAGUAAGUUUAAAAACAUAUAGUAUCAUAUAGGCCUAGUCCAUAGAUUAUCUUUCAUUUGAUACCAAAUUUUGACUUACAAACCCUACAAUAAUAUUUUAAUUUGUUUAAUAAUCCCAACCUCUCACUCUUGAAACUUUGGUCUGAAUAGCUGCAGCCUUUGGUAUUUGAAUUCUUGAGGCUUGAUUGAAAUUGAAGAUUUAAAAUUAAAAUGUAAUUGAAAUUUGCACUUGAAAGAAAUUAAAUUGAAAGAUAUCUAUGGAAUAAAUGAUAAGACAUUGUAAAGAUUACGACGUCGAAAAUACUUUCAUUAAUUAUUAAUUUUAAUGUUAUUUUGUUAGUAAUAUAAUGAAACAAUGGAAAUGGAUAUAAUAAAGCCAGUUAAUAGAGACCUUGCCCAUCCAAGAAUUUUUAUUUUAUUAAAUGUUGAGAUGUUUAUACUCAAAAUGCAAAUUAAUCAAUGAACAGUAUCGGUGGCGUAGCUAGGGGGUGCAGACCGCACUAGGUGGCACCCUCUCAGGGGAUUACAUCAGAUUGAAAAAAUUGCAUAUUUCUAGAGCACACACUGCUCGACUUAUUUGAAUUUCAUAAAAGGAUAACCAAUCACUCAGAUAUUUUCCACACAUCUAACCAAUCCAAAUGCUUGCAUAUAAUAAGGUCAAUAAAAACCAAUUUAACCCUGAUUCAAUGCCGUUGGCAGUGUUUGGUAACUUUCAUAAAAGACAAAGUGACACUCUUUUGCCAAAAAUGCUUCAUGUAUUAUUAUUCCUUUUUUGCUGCAUCCACUUUAACUGAACACACUGGACUGUCGAUGAAAAGACUGUCAAAAAACAAGUUAGAGUGCUCAUCAUGGUGCUGUUAAAACAGUGAAAGAUAAGUUUGAUGAAUGUUUUGCGGCAAUUGAAACUAUGUGAUCCUCCUGAAAAUUUGGAUACAAGAGGUACAGCAUAAGGUCUUUUAAAUGCUGUCUGAGGUUUCACAUUUAUUUGCAACUUUACCUUUAGGUUGAUAUACUGGAGGAUGUUAAUCAGCAGUAUUUGCAGACUGAAGGCUUUACUCUCUACAAAGUGGUGACUAACCUAGAGGCCUUAAGAUUGUUUCUGCAUGAGAAGCGCUGUCAUUUGGUGGAACAUGCUAUUGAAAAGGCACUUUUAAAUGAUACCAAUAUGGAAUUUUGGUAGAGAGAAGAUUAAGGUUUAAGAAGAAAAUGGCAGGAGAACAAUUAAUAGAUGCUGCACUCUCUCAGCAAGCAGAAAACAUUAGAAAGAUGCUGGAGAGAUUCUGAAAUCCAGAUCAAACCAUCAGUGAUCAGGGAAGUAGCAAAUAUGUUUGGGGCUGUUCAACCUAAGAGUCUAUUAUCAGUAAGUGAAGAAGAGCUAUUGGUGUCCAUUCCAAAAUUAACCUCUUUCUAUAAUGAGUUAUCAGACGAUGAACUUUUAAAAGAAAUACCAAGGCUUAGAGACACUCGAGGCAGCUGAUAUUGAAUUUCCCAAUGUCAUGGACUAGUCUUUCUAUAAUGAGUUAUCAGACAAUGAACUUUUAAAAGAAAUACCAAGGCUUAGAGACACUCGAGGCAGCUGAUAUUGAAUUUCCCAAUGUCAUGGACUAGUCAGUAUUUGAUGUUUUGAAAUUCAAAGCUGAAUGGGACUUCCUAGAAUAUCUUCCAGUACUCUUGCUAAGCCUUCAAUUGUUUCUUACGAUCUGUGUGUCUGUGGCUUGAUGUGAGCAGAGCUAAGGCUUAUCAAGAACCCUUUACAAUCUACCAUGGGACAGUCAAGUCAAGGCUUUCUGAUCUGGAAAAACUAUCAAUUGAAAGUGAUGCGGUGAAGGCUAUUUUGACAGGUUUGCAGCUUUGAAGACCAGGGAAGGAAAAUUUUAAAUAAAUUAAAUUUAAUGUAAAAAUAACAAUAACUUUAGGUUCUUGUCAUUGUUAUACUUAAGAAUUAUUUUAACAAGAAGAAAUCCAUCUUGGAAGUCGGGGGGGAGGGGAUGAUACCAUGAGUUCACCGCACUCGGUGACACCAACCCUAGUUACGGCACUGUAUGGUAUUAUAUUAAACAUGUGCCCUAAGAACAAAUCUCAUGGUUUAUGAGCUGUCAACAUUGGUGUGGGAUUGGCAACCCUUCUUUUCAAUGAUGGAUCCAAAGCAUUGGAGGCUCCUCUAAGAGUUUAGCAGCUGUCCUGUGGUCAGUUUACAUUCGACUAUUUCAUUAUGGUGAAUAUCGAAACCACAUUAACAAAUGACAAAAUCCUUAGAAGCCAGAGGAGCAAGAAGAAGGCUUAAAUUAGGGUUAGAACAGUCAAAAGUUGAAGCUAAAAGACAUCCUUUUCUUUCAUGGGGUCAUAAAGAUUAGAGAAUUUAUUACUUUAUGAAUAAAAUUACUGCGUGCUUAUUCACAAAAUUUCAACAUUCAUUUAGUUCAGAUAAUUGAUGAUAACUUUUUAAAAUAUCAACUAAAUUGUUUAAAAUUUUGCAUUCUGCCAUGUUAUAUAAUGUCUAUGGCAUGAACUAAGCAUAUAUAACAAUAUAUUAAUAAGUACACAUUUUAAAUCUCCCAAAAAUUGAAUUUAAAAUGUCAAAAUUCAGAUGUAUUUCAGAUGCUCUGAUACAAAAAGUAUUCUAUUAACAUUGUUCCUAGUCCAGGCUGGAGCUAAUCCAUAUUUCUUCUGAUACAAAAAGUAUUCAAUAUGUUAACAUUGUUCCUAGUCCAGGCUAGAGCUAAUCCAUAUUUCUUCUGAUACAAAAAUUAUUCAAUAUGUUAACAUUGUUCCUAGUCCAGGCUAGAGCUAAUCCAUAUUUCUUCUGAUACAAAAAAGUAUUCAAUAUGUUAACAUUGGUCCUAGUGCAGGCUAGAGCUAAUCCAUAUUUCUGUGUGGAUAAUUAAUUUGAGCUUAAAUCUUCCUAAAAUUAUUUUUUUGUCUGACCUGCCAAUGACUUGUGGCUUACAAUGACUUGCCAUAGACAAUGACUUGCCGUAUAUGCAAAACACAAUCAGCAAAUAGUUUUAGGCGAUCUGGCAUGUGACAACAACCAAAGGGAAACAAUUCACCGUGACAUGAGCUUGAUAAGAUUACUCACUCCAAUUUGUCUUUUUUGUUUUCUUACCAGGAUCCAUUAAGAGCGGGACUAGACCAGCAUCCCACCAUGCAAAAAGCACCUGCCCAAGAGAGCAACCUUAUGUACUAUCUAUGUGUGCUUUGUGUUCUGUCCAUUAUCAUCUCUAUACUUAGCGCACUCAUCUACCACAAAUCGAUGGAACUGGUGCCUCAGUUUUUAGAGGCAGAAAAGGUAUUCAUGUUUAUGCUUAAAGUAGGUUUAUUCUUUUGCUUUGUAACUUUGUUACAAUUGUUUUAAUCUCUAUGUCUAAUGUCUAAUGGCUACAUUAGUCUAUGGUAAUGGACAGCGUGUAGGGCUGUGUGGGUAGACUAAUGAUAAGCCGUGUGGGUCGGCAGAGGAUAAACUGCUUGAUUAGAGAAUGUGGUUAGACUGCUUGGCUACACUGUGUGGUUAGACUGGGUCAUUCUGUGGAGGUAGAUAUUGCGGGUAGACCGGAUGGUUAAAAUGUGUGGGUGGACUGUGUGGGAAAAGCCGAGGUAACACUACACCUGGAGAUGCCCCAUCCAUCCAUUGUGCCGUCUUCACAAGCACAUUUUGAGCAAGAAACGGCCUCACUAGCCACUUGUGCCCCCACAGAAAAUUAGGCCCCAUACAAAUCUGUUUAUUGAAAUUGUCAUGAUUGAUCUUGGCAGGACUCGCAUACCACACUGUGGGUAGACUGUUUGGGAAACUUGUGCCCCCACAGAAUAUUAGGCCCUAUACAAAUCUGUUUAUUGAAAUUGUCAUGAUUGAUCUUGGCAGGACUAGCAUACCACACUGUGGGUAGACUGUUUGGGAAAUUUGUGCCCCCACAGAAUAUUAAGCCCCAUACAAAUCUGUUGAUUGAAAUUGUCAUGAUUGAUCUGGACAGGACUAACAUACCACACUGUGGGUAGACUUUUUUGGAAGACUGCAUGGUUAAAAUGUGUGGGGAGACGGUGGGCAGACUGUGUGGUUCAACCGUGCAGCUUGACAUGCGGGUUGACUGUGCGAUUAGCCUAUGUGGGUAGACUGUAGAUUACGAAGGCUGUGAAAAUUGAAAAUGGAUCAUCUCUCUCUUCCAAAGCAUUGCGUGACGCCUAACUGUCUGCAGAACAGCGCACAUUUCCUGAGCAUGGUCGACCCUAAAGUAAAGCCAUGCGAUGACAUGUAUCUUCACUCUUGUGGUGGAUGGAUGAAGAAACAUGCUAUACCAACGGAUUACGGGAAGUGGAAUCAAAUAGGAGAAAGGGGAGCGAAUGUUGAGAAUAUUUUACUACAGGUAAAUUGUUGCCCAUUCCUUUAUUAUUCCUCUGUAAUUUUAUUGAAAUAGGGGAGAGACCCACAUACUUAAACAUCGAAUUAAAUGUUUGUUGGGUUUAAUAUUAAACCCUAUGUCAUUAUGAUGUCAAGUAAUUAUGUCAUCAUGAUGUAAAGUAAGUAAAGGUUGUUUGUUACUUAAAGAACCUUUCUUUUAAGAUCAUUUCUAGACAAUUCAUAUUUAAUUUCAUAAUUAUAAGAAUGAACACAACGGGUUCAAAUAUUUUUUCUUCAUAUACAUACUUAGAUCAGUUCAUCACUCUAUUUCAUUAUUUCUGUUUUGUUUUAGCCAGACGUUAAAAGUCUUGGAAAAAAAAUAGUUUUAUUUAGAUAUAUGCAGACAUUGAAAGUAGUGGUAGAUGUAGGCAGACAAUGAAAUUAGUGGAAGAUAUCGGCAGACAUUGAAAAUAGUGGUAGAUAUAGGCAAACAAUGAAAGUAGUGGAAGAUAUAGGCAGACAUUGAAAGUAGUGGAAGAUAUAGGCAGACAUUUAAAGAAGUGGAAGAUACAGACCUACCAACCCUUCCGAUUUUGUCGGAAUUAUACGGAUUUUUUACCCCUCAUUCCGACCUUCCGAGGAACCCCUUAAAAUUCAGAUUUUUCAAACUUAAUAUAGUUUCAACCUUCAAAAAAAUCUGAAAGCAACAAAAAAAAAAAAAAAAAAAAAUCUGGUACUACAGGAAGUGUUGCAUUUGUUUUACAUGAUGUCCAGCACUCGAAUGAAUAAGUGAAUAAAUUCUCGAGAUAUUCGUCCGCCUAGUGUUUAUUCGACCAAGUCAUAUGACCACCGUAACAGAGUUGCCCAAGAUUUUGUCCGUCAGCCUUGUCAUGUAACCGCUAAUUGUCUAUCAGAGUUUACGGUACUUCAUUUCAACAAAUUAAAGAUAGUCUGCAGAUUUACACGAAAAAGAAAUAUGUUCAAUUAUAAAAAAGAAAUACUAGAACCAUAUAUAAUGAACAAUUGGUUAAAAAGUGGCACGCCCACCGGAUAAAUAUGUCCCGCACUAUCUGUCUGGUCGCCUGACGUGUAGACACUGCAUUGUUUUUAUUGAAGCCAACCGCGAUCUUCAAAUAAUCCUUCAAUCGUCAAUUGAUGCGAUCUCUAUUCAUCCUUUUUUACAAUGCUAAAAAAUAAUUCAGACUUUUUUUGUUAAAUGCUUCAAUCUAUUGAAAGUGAUGGCGACAAUGAUAUUAAUAAACAUUGAAGGAAAUAUUUCUCUAGCCCUAGCCAACUCCGAUCGUUUUAAUUUUAAUGCCAGAGUCAAAGAAAUGUUUCAAGAGUUACAGAAUGCUAGAAGAUUGUAAAGAAAAAUUACAAUGAAACAAGGGCAAGCAUGAAAGUUGAUACUCUUUCUAACUUGCUUGUAAUUAAAAUCAACUGCAGUGCUAACCUUCAGUUGUCUUAAGUCCAAAGAGCAAGUGAAAAAGGCCACUAUCACUAGGGAUAUGCUGGAAUACUGAACUUUUACUAAGACUAAGAGUCUUAGCAGCCUGUGUAUGUGUACAUAAGUAAAUUAAAUGGACCUUCUGUUCUGUCCUGUAUAUAUCUGUAUAUAAACAUUUCCCGUAAUGUUUACCUAAUGUUCUUUGGUGUUCUAUGGACCCUUCAAAGACAAUGGAGGUAACUUUAUAUUUCUUUAUUUUUCUAAAAAAGGCGUGCAUUAGUAUAUAGAUCUUAAACCAACGACCCCCCCCCCACCACGGGGUGCUGCGGCCCCAUUUCCCCCUGCUUGCAACCCCCUUUCAGUUUUUUUUUCUAGGUAGGUUGGCAGUCUGAAGAUAUAGGCAGACAUUGAAAGUAAUAGAAGAUAUAGGAAGACAAUCAAAGUAGUGAAAGUUAUAGGCAGAAAGUCCUAUAGGCAGAGAUUGAAAGUUGUGGUAGAUAAAGGCAGACAUUGAAAGUUGUGGUAGAUAUAGGCAGAGAUUGAAAGUUGUGGUAGAUAUAGGCAGAGAUUGAAAGUUGUGGUAGAUAUAGGCAGACAUUGAAAGUUGUGGUAGAUAUAGGCAGACAUUGAAAUUUGUGGUAGAUAUAGGCAGACAUUGAAAGUAAUAAAAGAUAUAUGCAGACAUUGAAAGUGAUGGAAGAUAUAGGAAGAUAAUGAAAGUAGUGGAAGAUAUAGGAAGACAAUGAAAGUAAUGGAAGAUAUAGCCAGACAAUGAAAGUAAUGGAAAAUAUUGGAAGACAAUGAAAGUAGUGGAAGAUAUAGGCAGACAUUGAAAGUUGUGGUAGAUAUAGGCAGACAUUGAAAGUAAUAAAAGAUAUAUGCAGACAUUGAAAGUAAUGGAAUAUAUAGGAAGAUAAUGAAAGUAGUGGAAGAUAAUGACGGUAAUGGAAGAUAUAGGAAGACAAUGAAAGUAGUGGUAGAUGUAGGAAGACAAUGAAAGUAGUGGUAGAUGUAGGAAGAAAAUGAAAGUAGUGGUAGAUGUAGGAAGACAAUGAAUGUAAUGGAAGAUAUAGGCAGACAUUGAAAGUAGUGGAAGAUAUAGCCAGACAAUGAAGGUAGUGGAAGAUAUAGGAAGGCAAUGAAAAUAAUGCAAGACAUAGGGAGACAUUGAAAGUAAUGGAAGAUAAAGCGAGACAGUGAAAGUAAUCGAAGAUAUAGGAAAACAAUGAAAGUAGUGGUAGAUAUAGGAAAACAAUGAAGGUAGUGGAAGAUAAAGCCAGACAAUAAAAGUAGGGGAAGAUAUAGGCAGACAUUGAAAGUAGUGGUAGAUAAAGGCAGACAUUGAAAGUAGUGUUAGAUAUAGGCAAAACAUGCUGAAUGACAGCCAGAAGCUGAGUGACCUACUUAAGUGUACAAGCAUUUCUGAAUGGCAGCCAGAAGCUGAGUGACCUACUUAAGUGUACAAGCAUUUCUGAAUGGCAGCCAGAAGCUGAGUGACCUACUUAAGUGUACAAGCAUUUCUGAAUGGCAGCCAGAAGCUGAGUGACCUACUUAAGUGUACAAGCAUUUCUGAAUGGCAGCCAGAAGCUGAGUGACCUACUUAAGUGUACAAGCAUUUCUGAAUGGCAGCCAGAAGCUGAGUGACCUACUUAAGUGUACAAGCAUUUCUGAAUGGCAGCCAGAAGCUGAGUGACCUACUUAAGUGUACAAGCAUUUCUGAAUGGCAGCCAGAAGCUGAGUGACCUACUUAAGUGUACAAGCAUUUCUGAAUGGCAGCCAGAAGCUGAGUGACCUACUUAAGUGUACAAGCAUUUCUGAAUGGCAGCCAGAAGCUGAGUGACCUACUUAAGUGCACAAGCAUUGCUGAAUGACAGCCAGAAGCUGAGUGACCUACUUAAGUGCACAAGCAUUGCUGAAUGACAGCCAGAAGCUGAGUGACCUACUUAUGUGCACAAGCAUUGCUGAAUGACAGCCAGAAGCUGAGUGACCUACUCAAGAGCACAAGCAUUGCUGAAUGACAGCCAUAAGCUGAGUGACCUACUCAAAUGCACAAGCAUUGCUGAAUGACAGCCAGAAGCUGAGUUGGCCUACUUAAGUGCACAAGCAUUGCUGAAUGACAGCCAGAAGCUGAGUGACCUACUUAAGUGCACAAGCAUUGCUGAAUGACAGCCAGAAGCUGAGUUGGCCUACUUAAGUGCACAAGCAUUGCUGAAUGACAGCUAGAAGCUGAGUGACCUACUUAAGUGCACGAGCAUUGCUGAAUAACAGCCAGAAGCUUAGUGACAUACUUAAGUGUACAAGCAUUUCUGAAUGGCAGCCAGAAGCUGAGUGACCUACUUAAGUGUAAAAACAUUUCUGAAUGACAGCCAGAAGCUGAGUGACCUACUUAAGUGCACAAGCAUUGCUGAGUGACAGCCAGAAGCUUAGUAAUCUACUUAAGUGCACAAGCAUUGCUGAAUGACAGCCAGAAGCUUAGUAACCUACUUAAGUGCACAAGCAUUGCUGAAUGACAACCAUAAGCUGAGUGACCUACUUAAGUGUAACCAGUGAUUGAGUGAAACUGUUGGCUUGUUUACCAGCAGUGGCUACUCCCCAGCUUGUACCCACAUACCCACAUGAGGAGUUGUUGGUUUGCUACACCUCUCCACCCAUAUGCGCACUCACACUUUUCACUAUUAUAUUACGAAUAGGUUUAAGUAACUACAACUGCAUUAUAACAGCAGUCAGUUUCAUCAUCAAGUCAGUUACAUCUAUUAUCUACAGAUUUUAACAAAAUUAUUAUUAUUUGCCGUCCAGAUCCAAAAGAUGGCUUAAUUAUAAAAAUUGAGUUUUUGUUUACUUUAAGAGUGAAAAGUCCCAAUUUGAACUCUGUCUUUAAUAUAUUGGGGGGGGGGGGGCAGUGAUUGAAUUGUCAUGAAAUUGUUCAUGUUAUUAGAACCUUGUUUAACAUGAACUAUUCAACUUAAUAUGAACUAUUCAACUUAACAUGAACUAUUCAACUUAACAUGAACUAUUCAACUUAACAUGAACUACUCAACGUAACAUGAACUAUUGAACUUAAUAUGAACUAUUCAACUUAAAAUGAACUAUUCAUCUUAGCAUGAACUAUUCAACUUAACAUGAACUAUUCAACUUAACAUGAACUUUUCAACUUAACAUGAAGUAUUCAACUUAACACUGAUACUUAGAUUUAUCCCUUUACAACAAAAUGCAUUUUCCUUUGUUCCUUUGUUUAAAUACAACAUUGACACCCCCCCCCCCACCCCCCCACCCCACCCCCCCACCCCACCCAAUGUUUUUCUUCUGUUAGAUUCUAGAAUCUAAUGAAAAUAAACUCAAGGGAACACCAUCCACCGCCAUUGGUAAACUCAAGACCUACUAUCGCUCUUGCAUUGAUGUGAAGACAAUUGAUGCCAAGGCGGUGUCGCGACUUUCAACAGUAAGUUUCUAAGAGGCUAUAAUUGUAGUUUGUUCUAUAACUGUAGUUUGUCCUGUAACUGUAGUUUGUUCUGUAACUGUAGUUUGUUCUAUAACUGUAGUUUGUUCUAUAACGGUAGUUUGUUCUAUGACUGUAGUUUGUUAUAUGACUAGUUUUUUCUAUGACUGUAGUUUGUUAUAUGACUAGUUUUUUCUAUGACUGUAGUUUGUUCUAUGACUGUAGUUUGUUCUAUGACUGUAGUUUGAUCUAUGACUGUAUUUUGUUCUAAUACUGUAGUUUGUUCUAUGACUGUAGUUUGAUCUAUGACUGUAGUUUGUUCUAUGACUGUAGUUUGAUCUAUGACUGUAGUUUGUUCUAUGACUGUAGUUUGAUCUAUGACUGUAGUUUGUUCUAUGACUGUAGUUUGUUCUGUGACUGUAGUUUGAUCUAUGACUGUAGUUUGUUCUAUGACUGUAGUUUGUUCUGUGACUGUAGUUUGAUCUACGACUGUAGUUUGUUCUAUGACUGUAGUUUGUUCUAUGACUGUAGUUUGAUCUAUGACUGUAGUUUGUUCUAUGACUGUAGUUUGAUCUGUGACUGUAGUUUGUUCUAUGACUGUAGUUUGAUCUAUGACUGUAGUUUGUUUUACGACCGUAGUUUGUUUCUAUGACUGUAGUUUGUUUUACGACUGUAGUUUGUUCCAUAACUGUAGUUUGUUCCAUAAGUGUAGUUUGUUCUAUAACUCUAGUUUGCUCUAUGACUGUAGUUUGAUCUAUGACUGUAGUUUGUUCUAUGACUGUAGUUUGUUCUGUGACUGUAGUUUGAUCUACGACUGUAGUUUGUUCUAUGACUGUAGUUUGUUCUAUGACUGUAGUUUGAUCUAUGACUGUAGUUUGUUCUAUGACUGUAGUUUGAUCUGUGACUGUAGUUUGUUCUAUGACUGUAGUUUGAUCUAUGACUGUAGUUUGUUUUACGACCGUAGUUUGUUUCUAUGACUGUAGUUUGUUUUACGACUGUAGUUUGUUCCAUAACUGUAGUUUGUUCCAUAAGUGUAGUUUGUUCUAUAACUCUAGUUUGCUCUAUAACUAUAGUUUGUUCUAUGACUAGUUUGUAAUAUGACUGUAGUUUGUUCUAUGUUUGUACUUUCUGCUAUGACUGUAGUUUGUUCUAUAACUGUAGUUUAUUCUAUAACUGCAGUUUGUUCUAUAAUGUAUAUCUGUUGUGGUAUUAUAUAGCACGCUAUAUUUAAAUGGUUACAUUUUUAACUGCUAAAAAAUUCUCAUUUAAAUUAUUCUUCUUGACCAUUGACCAUAGCACCAUGCUCGUUUGAUAGCAUAUAGCAUUUGUAGCACAUACUCAUUUAAUAGCAUAUAAUCAUUUAGUAACAUAUAAUCAUUUGGUAGCAUAUAAUAAUUUGGUAGCACAUAACCAUUUGGAAGCAUAUAAGCAUUUGUAGCACAUAAUCAUUUGAUACCACUUAAUCAUUGACUGUUACAAUUUCACUGCACCGGUCAUUUGACAUCAAUGAUGUAUUUCAAAAACUGGACUUUCCUAUUUCAAGAUUAUAAAAUCUUUUGGAUCGUGGACGAUAACAUCCAAUGGGCUCGACGCCUGGGACGAAGCCACGUGGUCCCUACAGAGUGUCAUGGAGAAGGUGGCGCCCCUCGAUCUGGGUGCCUUCUUCUCGGUAGAGAUGUACCCCGAUAUGACAGAUGGCACCAGAUUCCUGCCUGUGGUAAGGCUUUCAUGCUAACUGAUAAAGUUAGUUAACAAAUACUCUAACCUUAACCCUAACCCUUUCAUGCUAACUGAUAAAGUUAGUUAAAAAAAUACUCUAACCCUAAUCCUAACCCUUUCAUGCUAACUGAUAAAGUUAGUUAAAAAAAUACCCUAACCCUUUCAUGCUAACUGAUAAAGUUAGUUAAAAAAAUACCCUAACCCUUUCAUGCUAACUGAUAAAGUUAGUUUAACAAAUACUCUAACGCUAACCCUAAACCUAACCCAGAGUGAGGCUGUCAUUACACUGUACUCAUAAAAACAACCUUUCCUAACAGUUUACUUCUGGACUUUUCACGUCGAACCCCUUGUUUUUAUUGGCGGAUGACGGCUUGAGUGAAGUGAUGAGGACUUCCUCUCAUGCCUUGGAGAAGUUUGAUCCAACUUUUGAUCCAUCAAAACUCUCAGAGGUUCUGGAGUUUGAAAAGAAACUGAUGCAGGUACUGUUCACCUCUUACAGCCAAUCAAUAUCCAUAGAUACACUGAUAUGAUGACUUUGAUUUUGAAGACGUGUGUUAAUCAGUUGCCACACCUGGCUGACCAGGUCAAGAUCAGUGAGCCAUGAAGAAAAAUGUAUUGUUUCAUUGUUAUUUUGAUGGGAAAAUUAUUAGUAAAAUCUUCAAUGGGCGCAACUCUAUGUUUUCAAAAUGCAAUGCUUUCCAAAGACUUUCUGUCUUAGUGUUAGAUCCAGACAUACAUUAGCUUAAGAUCACGACCUACAUGCAAUAGGAAUUAAAUUAUUGGAUUGAUGUACAUGUGUGUGUUGAAGUACACAUUACAAUUAUUCCUGUAACAUGCUCAUGUUUUGUAAUCAUCUCAUGUGAUGUAAUCAUAUCAUGUGCUGUAAUCAUCUCAUGCGAUGUGAUAAUCUCAUGUGCUGUAAUCAUCUCAUGUGCUGUGAUCAUCUCAUGUGAUGUAAUCAUCUCAUGUGCUGUGAUCAUCUCAUGUGAUGUGAUCAUCUCAUGUGCUGUAAUCAUCUCAUGUGAUGGGAUAAUCUCAUGUGCUGUAAUCAUCUCAUGUGCUGUGAUCAUCUCAUGUGCUGUAAUCAUCUCAUGUGAUGUAAUCAUAUCAUGUGCUGUGAUCAUCUCAUGUGCUGUGAUCAUCUCAUGUGCUGUAAUCAUCUCAUGUGCUGUAAUCAUCUCAUGUGAUGUAAUCAUAUCAUGUGUUGUAAUCAUAUCAUGUGAUGUGAUCAUCUCAUGUGAUGUAAUCAUCUCAUGUGCUGUAAUCAUAUCAUGUGCUGUGAUCAUCUCAUGUGAUGUAAUCAUCUCAUGUGAUGUAAUCAUCUCAUGUGCUGUGAUCAUCUCAUGUGAUGUAAUCAUCUCAUGUGCUAUGAUCAUCUCACGUGAUGUAAUCAUCUCGUGUGCUGUAAUCAUCUCAUGUGAUGUACUCAUCUCAUGUUAUGUAAUCAUAUCAUGUGCUGUGAUCAUCUCAUGUGAUGUAAUCAUCUCAUGUGCUGUAAUCAUAUCAUGUGCUGUAAUCAUAUCAUGUGCUGUAAUCAUCUCAUGUUAUGUAAUCAUCUCAUGUGCUGUAAUCAUAUCAUGUGCUGUAAUCAUCUCAUGUUAUGUAAUCAUCUCAUGUUAUGUAAUCAUCUCAUGUGAUGUAAUGAUAUGUGAUGUAAUGAUAUCAUGUGAUGUAAUCAUCUCAUGUUAUGUAAUCAUAUCAUGUGAUGUAAUCCUCUCAGCUGCUGUAUUUAUCUCAUGUUCUGUAUUAACCUUAUGUGCUGUAAUCAUCUCAUGUGCUGUAAUCAUCUCAUGUGCUGUAAUCAUGAUGUUCUCAGCUCAAAAACAAGUAUGAGUGGAUGCCCUUGAGACAAGCAAGUCAGAUAACUCUGGGCUCGUUUCUGGCAUCAUUUGGCACAUGGGUAAGUUUUUCAAAUUUUUUUUUUAACUGACAAAAUUGAAAAGAUCCACAAUUGUUAAGAUUAGGAUCCCCCCGCUCCAUCUCAAGUCCAUGCACACCUAACUGCAAAGUAUACAAUUACACCACUAUACAAUUAUACAGCUAUACAAUUAUACCGCUAUACAAUUAUAACGCUAUUCAAUUAUACCGCUAUACAAUUAUACCGCUAUACAAUUAUACCACUAUACAAUUAUACCAUUAUAGAAUUACACCACUAUACAUUUAAACCACUAUACAAUGAUACCGCUAUACAAUUAUACCACUAUACAAUGAUACCGCUAUACAAUUAUACCUCUAUACAAUGAUACUGCUAUACACUUAUACUACUAUAUAAUUAUCCCACCACAAUUAUUCCGCUAUAUAAUUAUACCACUAUACAAUUACACCACUAUACAAUUAUGCCGCUAUACAAUUACACUGCUAUACAAUUACACCGUUAUACAAUUAUGCCACUAUACAAUUAUACCACUAUAAAAUUACACCACUAUACAUUUACACCACUAUACAAUUAUACCACUAUACGACCACACUGCCACAGAACUAAACAAAUCAUUUGGUCAGUGUUUUCCCAACUGUUUCCCAAGAUUGAUCUCAAGAAGUACCUCAAAAUUUUCUACAGCCGAGAUAUUCCGGCAGAUACGCCUGUGUAUUGUACGUCUCUGGAGUUUUACAAAGAGCUUGAUAAAGUCAUCAGUGCUACCAACAAGGAGUGGGUGCAGUAUCACUUGGGUUGUGGGGGAGUGUGUGCCUGUGUGUGUGUGGAGUAGGUACUUGAUAAAGUCAUCAGUGCUACCAACAAGGAGUGGGUACAGUAUCACAUGGGUUGUGGGGGAGUGUGUGUGUGUGGAUUAGGCGCUUGAUAAAGCCAUCAGUGCUACCAACAAGGAGUGGGUGCAGUAUCACAUGGGUUGUGUGGGGGUGUGGGUGUGGAGUAGGUGCUUGAUAAAGUCAUCAGUUCUAGCAAUGAGGAGAGCAUGCAAUUGGUUGUGUAGGGGUGUGUGUGGAUGUGGAGUAGGUGCAAUAUCACAUGCUUGUGUGGGGUGUGUGUGUGUGGAGGAGGUGCAAUAUCACAUGGUUGUGUGGGGUGUGUGGAGUAUGUGCAAUAUUACAUGGUUGUGUGGGGUGUGUGUGUGGAGGAGGUGCAAUAUUACAUGGUUGUGUGGGGUGUGUGUGGAGGAGGUGCAAUAUUACAUGGUUUUGUGGGGUGUGUGUAUGGAGGAGGUUCAAUAUUACAUGGUUGUGUGGGGUGUGUGUGUGGAGGAGGUUCAAUAUUACAUGGUUGUGUGGGGUGUUUGUGGUGGGGGUGCAAUAUUACAUGGUUGUGUAGGGUGUGUGUGUGGAGUCGGUUCAAUAUUACAUGGUUGAGGGGGGUGUGUAGUGUGUGUGGAGGAGGUGCAAUAUUACAUGGUUGUGUGGGGUGUGUGUGUGGAGGAGGUGCAAUAUUACAUGGUUGUGUGGGGUGUGUGUGUGGAGGAGGUUCAAUAUUACAUGGUUGGGUGGGGUGUUUGUGGAGGAGGUGCAAUAUUACAUGGUUGUGUGGGGUGUGUGUGUGGAGGAGGUUCAAUAUUACAUGGUUGUGUGGGGUGUGUGUGUGGAGGAGGUGCAAUAUUACAUGGUUGUGUGGGGUGUGUGGAGUAUGUGCAAUAUAACAUGGUCUGUAAAAAGAUGGCUGUUUGCACUGUCUUGUCACUGUAUAAAGUGACAUGUUGCACUGUCUUAUUGCAAUGUCUUGUUGCAAUGUCUUGCUGCAGUGUCUUGUUGCUAUAUCUUGUUGCAAUGUCUUUUUGCAGUAUCUUUUUGCAAUGUCUCAUUUAGAGACCGACCGAAAGUGAUUUUCUGAUUUCGGCUGAAGCUGAAAAUAGGCUGAAGUGUAAAAUGACUUUCGUCCGAAACCGAAAAUAGGCCGAAAGUUUAAAAAUGACUUUCGGCCAAAACCGAAAAAAGGCAGAAAGUUAAAAAUAACUCUCGACCGAAACCGAAGCCAAAACCGAAAAUGAAAUAUUUAGAUAUUUUGAAAUUCGUUCCCGCAUACAGUCUGCAUACAUCGAAAAUGAUGGGGGAAAGAUAAAUAUUUACAUUCUUUUUAUAAAAAAAUGAGAUAAUCGUGAAUAUUAAUAAAUAAACAUCUAAUAUAACAUCUUGUUGUUAAAGAUCGCUUAGUUUGUUGUGAAAGAUCGUUCAGUUUUUUGCUAACGAUCGCUUUAUUUGUUCUAAAAGAUCGGUUAGUUUGUUCAUAAAGAUUGCUUAAAUUGUUGUUAAAAAUAGUUUAUUUUGUUUUUUAAGAUCGCUUAGUAUGUUCUUAAAGAUCGCUUAGUUUUUGUUUAAAGAUCUUUUAGUUUGUUAUUAAAGAUCAUUUACUUUGAUCACAAAAGAUUGCUAAGUUUUUUCUUAAAGAUUGCUUAGUUUGUGUUAUUAAAAGAUCAUUUAGUUUGUUCAUAAAGAUCGCUUAGUUUGUUGUUAAAAAUCCAUUUAUUUUGCUUUUAAAGAUUGCUUAGUUUUUAUUUAAAGUCAUUUAGUUUGUUCACAAAAGAUCGCUAAGUUUUUUCUUAAAGAUCGCUUAGUUUUUGUUAUUGAAAGUUUGUAUAGUUUGUUCAUAAAGAUCGCUUAGUUUGUUGUUCAAAAUCGUUUAUUUGUUUUUUAAGAUUGCUUAGUUUGUUCUUAAAGAUCGCUUAGUUUUUGUUUAAAGAUCUUUUAGUUUGUUAUUAAAGAUCAUAUUAAAGAUCAUUUAGUUUGUUCAAAAAAGAUAGCUAAGUUUUUUCGUUAAGAUAGCUUAGUUUGUGUUAUUAAAAGAUCGUUUAGUUAGUUCAUAAAGAUCAUUUAGUUUGUUCUUAAAGAUCAUUGAUUUUGUUCUUAAAUUAUGUUUAGUUGUUCAUAAAGAUCGCUUAUUUUGUUGUUGAAGAUUGCUUAUUUUUUUCAUAAUGAUCGCUUAGUUUGCUCUGAUAGAUAAUUGAUUUUGUUCCUUAAGAUCAAUUAGUUUGUUAUUUAAGAUCUUUUAGUUUGUUCCUGAAGAAUAUUUAGUUUUCUGUUAAGUUUAUUUUUAUAAAUUAUUUGGUUUACUAUUAAAGAUCAUUUGUUUUCUUCUUCAAGAUCAUUUAGUUCGCUCUUAAAAAUUGCUUAGUUUGUUCUUUAAGAUCAUUUAGUUUUUAUUAAACAUCACUUAGAUUGUUUCUUAAAGAUUGCUUAGUUUGUUUUAAAGAUCGUUUAGUUUGAUCUUAAAUGUCGCUUAGUUUGUUCUCAAAUCUCGCUUAAUUUGUUCUUAAAGAUCACUUUAUUUGAUUUUAAAGAUCACUUUAUUUGUUUUUAAAGAUCGUUUAGUUUGUACUUAAAGAUUUGCUUACUUUGCUCUUAAAGAGCGUUUAGUUUAUUCUUAAAUGUCGAUAAGUUUGUUGUUAAAUAUCGCUUUCGCUGAGUGUAAAAUGCCCGAAAACCUCAUUCACUUUCGUCCAGAUAGCCAAAAGUCUAAGUCAAUUUCGGCUGAAACCGAAAAAAAUCCGAAAGUUAACUUUCCUCUUUUGUCCGAAACCGAAAUUAAGCAGAAAGUUAACUUUCAGUUUCGGCCGAAACCGAAAUGGCCACUUUUGGCGCCGAAGCCGAAAUUCGGUCGGUCUCUAGUCUCAUUGCAAUGUCUUGUUGCAAUGUUUUGUCUUGUUGCAAUGUCUAUUGCACUGUCUUUUUGCAAUGUCUUGUCGCAGUAUCUUGUUGCAAAGUCUUGUUGCAUUGUCUAUUGCACUGUCUUUUUGCAAUGUCUUGUUGGCCAAUGUCUUGUUGCAGUGUCUUGUUGCAAUGUAUCAUCUUGUUCCAAUAUCUUGUUUCAAUGUCUUGUUGCAAUGUCUUAUUGUAAUGUCUUUUCUUGUUACAAUGUCUUGUUGCAGUGUCUUGUUGCAGUGUUUUGGUGCAAAGUCUUGUUGCAGUGUCUUGUUGCAGUGUCUUGUUGCAGUGUCUUGUUGCAGUGUCUUGUUGCAGUGUCUUGUUGCAGUGUCUUUUGCAGUGUCUUGUUGCAAUGUCUUGUUGCAAUGUCUUGUUGCAAUAAUUUGAAGGAGAGGAAGGAAAAAAUGGCAGAAUUUCCUCACACAGUCAAAGAAUGAAAGUGAUUGGAAGUACACCUACAGUGUCAAACAAAGAGGAAACGAUAUCGCAAAAUUGUAAAUUGUUAAUUUGGUUAGUUAAGUCUAAAGUCAACUAACCAAGUUUUUAAUAAAUAUAUUUUUCAUAUCGACCAUGAUAGGUUCUAAAUUAAUCUACUUAAAAACUUCACUGCAGUACAACCACCUCAGAAUUAGUUUUUUUUUUCUUUCCUUUUGUUGGCAUGAUUGAAUUUUAAUAAAUUCCUUUUCAGGUUAUUGGCCAACUAUAUUAUUUGGCAUGUAUUUUCAAAGUUCAGAGGUUCUGCUAAUUUUGUGAAUGUUAACGAGGAAUCGCGAUGGAAGACUUGUUUGGGAACCCUACGCGAGCACAUGGGUCACGCACUCAGCGCUCCGUUUGUUGAAGACUACUUUCCUAUUGAAGUCAGAGAACAGGUUGGACCAUUUUUUGUUCAAAAUUCAUUUUAGUAAGUAACUAAAUAUAAAUCUAUGAUACACUCCUCUGACCUUCCAGUUACAACGUCAUGAUGCUAGACACCACACUACACCAAUCUUGUCACUACAACAUCAGGCCACUAUCACAGUCCAACCCUUGACACCACACUGCACCAAGGGCCCUCAAUCAAUCAGAUGACAAGAGCCCCACUAUCCAUCAGAUCAUAAGGGCCCACUAACCAUCAGAUCACAAGGGCCCAGCAUCCAUCAGAUCACAAAGGCCCACUAGCCAUCAGAUCACAAGGGCUCACUAUCCAUCAGAUCACAAGGGCCCACUAUCCAUCAGAUCACAAAGGCCCACUAUCCAUCAAAUCACAAAGGCACACUAUCCAUCAGAUCACAAAGGCCCACUAUCCAUUAGAUCACAAAGGCCCACUAUCCAUCAGAUCACAAAGGCCCACUAUCCAUCAGAUCACAAAGGCCCACUAUCCAUCAGAUCACAAAGGCCCACUAUCCAUCAGAUCACAAAGGCCCACUAUCCAUCAGAUCACAAAGGCCCACUAUCCAUCAGAUCACAAAGGCCCACUAUCCAUCAGAUCACAAAGGCCCACUAUCCAUCAGAUCACAAAGGCCCACUAUCCAUCAGAUCACAAAGGCCCACUGUCCAUCAGAUCACAAAGGCCCACUAUCCAUCAGAUCACAAAUGCCCACUAUCCAUCAGAUCACAAAGGCUCACUAUCCAUCAGAUCACAAAGGCCCACUAUCCAUCAGAUCACAAAGGCCCACUAUCCAUCAGAUCACAAAGGCCCACUAACCAUCAGAUCACAAAGGCCCACUAUCCAUCAGAUCACAAAGGCCCACUAUCCAUCAGAUCACAAGUAUGUUUACCAAGAUCAAGUCACAGUUUUCCCAGAAUGUCAAGAGACUAAAAUGGAUGGACAAGCUAACCUCGGAGAUGGUGUUAAAAAAGUUGGAGGCCAUGAGCAUAUCCAGCGGUUAUCCUGACUGGAUCCUGCAGUCCAACAAACUCGAUGAUUUCUACAAGGCCUACAAUGUCACCAACGGAGAGCUGCUCUACAGCCACCUCAGUCUGGUGCAGCAGUCCCACGCUCAGUUAGCGAAAGACACGCUCAGCAAAUUUGACAAGACUCAGUAUGUUUUAGUGUAGAAUAUUGGCUUAUUUUUUAAAAAAUGAAUAGAUAAAGUCUUCUACUCUUCUUUCAUUCGCCUUUUAAAAACAGUCACAACCAGCAGGGUAGUUAGAGCUUAUCACACCCGGGGUGGCCAGGUAGAGCUUAUGACACCUGAGGUGGCCAGUAGGGUUGGUAGAGCUUAUCUCAUCCAGGGUGGCCAGUAGGGUUGGUAAUGCUUAUCACACCCGGGGUGGCCAGGUAGAGCUUAUCACUCCCAUGGUGGCCAGUAGGGUUGGUAGAGCUUAUCACACCCAGGGUGGCCAGUAGGGUUAGUAGAGCUUAUCUCACCUAGGAUGGCCAGUAGGGUUGGUAAUGCUUAUCACACCCGGGGUGGCCAGGUAGAGCUUAUCACACCCGGGGUGGCCAGUAGGGUUGGUAGAGCUUAUCACACCCGGGGUGGCCAGGUAGAGCUUUUCACACCCGGUGUGGCCAGUAGGGUUGGUAGAGCUUAUCACACCCAGGGUGGCCAGUAGGGUUGGUAAUGCUUUUCACACCCGGGGUGGCCAGGUAGAGCUUAUCACACCCGGGGUGGCCAGUAGGGUUGGUAGAGCUCAUCACACCCGGGGUGGCCAGGUAGAGCUUAUCACACCCGUGGUGGCCAGUAGGGUUGGUAGAGCUUAUCACACCCGGGUGGCCAGGUAGAGCUUAUCACACCUCGGGGUGGCCAGGUAGAGCUUACGUUGCCUGAAAUCUCUCAAGUUUUUUUUACCUCUUUUUGUCUUGUUUUCUGAUGAAGGCUCUAAGCUGAAAUGUCUAAAUCGUUUGUCCUGUUUAUGAAUUCAAGUUUGGCAUAACUUGUUCUUAUAUUUGUUUUUAUGUAAUGGACACAAAAAAAUGCAAUUGUUAAAACUGUGAGGCUUGGGUCGACCACAUUCUCUGCCCUACUUCAUCUGACAAUGAUUCCAGCCGUGGUAUGCCAGCUGCAAUUCCUCCUUGGUGUUAAAUAUUUUCAAAGUUUAUAUCUGUUGGUACAGUUAGUUUCUGUUGCUUGUACUAAUCAUGACUACUAGCUCCCCCCCUUCCCAACUUAUGUCAGUAGUUUAUAUUUUCCUGUUCAUCUGUUUAUGAAAUCUUCAUAUGGCUGGUUCUGACGGAAUAAACUGAUGUCCUAGAUUAUUGCAUUCAGCAAUUAGAAAAUGAAAAAAAAAAAUACAAAGCCAUUUUGUUUACAACUCUGAGGUAGCUAUUUUGUUAAAACUAUGAGGAAGCCAUUUUGUUAAAUUAUGAGGAAGUCAUUUUGUUAAAACUAUGAGAAAGCCAUUUUGUUAAACUAUGAGAAUUUUGUUUACAACUGUUAUUUUCCCAGGUGGUUGUUUUCUCCGGAUGUAGUAAAGGUGGUGUACCACAGGUUUACUAACGUCAUUGUGGUGACAGCGGCUUUCCUCUACCCUGCGGAACAAAUUCUCAUCUGGCCAACGUGAGUACAACAAAGAACUCAUUGGUUUUUUCAUUUGUUGUUUUUCUUUGUUGACAAAUAUGAAGGAUUAGUAGACUUUAUCUGAAGGAUUGAUAAACUUGAUCUGAAGCAUAAGUAGACUUUAGCGGAAGGAUUGAUAAACUUGAUCUGAAGCAUAAGUAGACUUUAGCGGAAGGAUAAGUAGACUUUGUCUGAAAAAGGAUUAGUAGGCACUAUGCCUAUGAUUUGUUUGCCUUCUGUCAGGCACUAUGUCUAUGAUUUGUUUGCCUUCUGUCAGGGACUAUGUCUAUGAUUUGUUUGCCUUCUGUCAGGCACUAUGUCUAUGAUUGUUUGCCUUCUGUCAGGGACUAUGUCUAUGAUUUGUUUGCCUUCUGUCAGGCACUAUGUCUAUGAUUUGUUUGCCUUCUGUCAGGCCCUAUGUCUAUGAUUUGUUUGCCUUCCAUUAGCCCCUAUGUCUAUGAUUUGUUUGCCUUCUGUCAGGCACUAUGUCUAUGAUUUGUUUGCCUUCCAUUAGCCCCUAUGUCUAUGAUUUGUUUGCCUUCUGUCAGGCACUAUGCCUAUGGUUUGUUUGCCUUCCUUCAGGCACUAUGCCUAUGAUUUGUUUGCCUUCUGUCAGGCACUAUGUCUAUGAUUUUUUUGCCUUCCUUCAGGCACUAUGCCUAUGAUUUGUUUGCCUUCCUUCAGGCACUAUGCCUAUGAUUUGUUUGCCUUCUGUCAGGCACUAUGUCUAUGAUUUGUUUGCCUUCUGUCAGGCCCUAUGUCUAUGAUUUGUUUGCCUUCCAUCAGCCCCUAUGUCUAUGAUUUGUUUGCCUUCCGUCAGCCCCUAUGUCUAUGAUUUGUUUGCCUUCCGCCAGGCACUAUGUCUAUGAUUUGUUUGUCUUCCGUCAGGCACUAUGUCUAUGAUUUGUUUGCCUUCCAUUAGCCCCUAUGUCUAUGAUUUGUUUGCCUUCUGUCAGGCACUAUGUCUAUGAUUUGUUUGCCUUCUGUCAGGCACUAUGUCUAUGAUUUGUUUGCCUUCCAUCAGCCCCUAUGUCUAUGAUUUGUUUGCCUUCCAUCAGCCCCUAUGUCUAUGAUUUGUUUGCCUUCCAUCAGGCACUAUGUCUAUGAUUUGUUUGCCUUCUGUCAGGCACUAUGUCUAUGAUUUGUUUGCCUUUCGUCAGGCCCUAUGUCUAUGGCGCUAUUGGGUUUGCCAUUGCUCACGAGAUGACCCACGCCUUCGAUAAUGACGGGAUUAUGCUAGAUGAGAAUGGGAAAAAAAUGGAGUUGCCAUCCAUGUCUGCUGCAGACUUCUUCAAGGACAGCCCGUGUUUUAUUGACCACUACAGCUCCUAUAACAUUGAAGGCUUCCCGGUGAGUCUGUGUUUUAUUGACCACUACAGCUCCUAUAACAUUGAAGGCUUCCCAGAGAGUCUGUGUUUCAUUGACCACUACAGUUACUAUAACAUUUAAGGCUUCCCGGUGAGUCUGUGUUUUAUUGACCACUACAGCUCCUAUAACAUUGAAGGCUUCCCAGAGAGUCUGUGUUUCAUUGACCACUACAGUUACUAUAACAUUUAAGGCUUCCCGGUGAGUCUGUGUUUUAUUGACCACUACAGUUACUAUAACAUUCAAGGCUUCCCGGUGAGUCUGUGUUUCAUUGACCACUACAGUUACUAUAACAUUCAAGGCUUCCCGGUGAGUCUGUGUUUCAUUGACCACUACAGCUCCUAUAACAUUGAAGGCUUCCCGGUGAGUCUGUGUUUUAUUGACCACUACAGCUCCUAUAACAUUGAAGGCUUCCCGGUGAGUCUGUGUUUUAUUGACCACUACAGCUCAUAUAACAUUGAAGGCUUCCCAGUGAGUCUGUGUUUUAUUGACCACUACAGCUCCUAUAACAUUGAAUGCUUCCCGGUGAGUCUGUGUUUCAUUGACCACUACAGUUACUAAAACAUUCAAGGCUUCCCUGUGAGUCUGUGUUUUAUUGACCAUUACAGUUACUAUAACAUUGAAGGCUUCCCGGUGAGUCUGUGUUAUAUUGACCACUACAGAUUAGAAUUAUGCUACAGGUAUGCAACAAUGAUACAACAUUAGUUUACAUUUUUUAAAAUAAUCAUUAAGCCUUAAGGAAAUAUCAUUUUUCUUAUAGCCCCCGCCCCCUCCCCCCCUCCAAAUUUUGUUGUUGAUUACAACCAAUACUUUUGUACUUCCUGUUGUCUUACCCACAAUUCCUAGGUUAGUAUCAUGUGUCUGUUUUCUUACUUAUUUUCAUCUCAUAGUAAAGUAAGGUAGACUGACUUACUUAAGUCCAUGUGAUGGUAGACCGAUUCACGUAUGUGCACGUCACAGUAGACUAAGGUAGACUGACUCACCUAUGUGCAUGUCCUAGUAGACUUAGGUAGACUGACUCACAUAUGUGCUAAUCACAGUAGACUUAGGUAGACUGACUCACCUAUGUGCAUGUCCUAGUAGACUUAGGUAGACUGACUCACCUAUGUGCUAGUCACAGUAGACUUAGGUAGACUGACUCACCUAUGUGCAUGUCCUAGUAGACUUAGGUAGACUGACUCACCUAUGUGCAUGUCACAGUAGACUAAGGUUGGCUAAAUUAUUUAUGUGCAUGUCAGAGUAGGCGAGGUAGAAUGACUUACUCAUGUGCAGGUCACAGUAGACUUAGGUAGACUGACUCACCUAUGUGCAUGUCAAAGUAGACUAAGGUAGACUGACUCACCUAUGUGCAUGUCCUAGUAGACUUAGGUAGACUGACUCACCUAUGUGCAUGUCACAGUAGACGUAGGUAGACUGACUUACUUAUGUGCAUGUCCUAGUAGACUUAGAUAGACUGAUUCACUUAUGUGCAUGUCACAGUAGACUUGGGUAGACUGAGUUACCUAUUGUACAUGUAACAGUAGGCUGAGGUAGACUGUAAAAAGAGUAUUGAUAUUACACCAUACUUUGUCUCCAUACAGCUGAAUGGGCUCAUGUUCUAGUAAGCUGAGUUAGACUGUUAAAAGGGUAUUGAUAUUACGCCAUACUUUGUCUCCAUACAGCUGAAUGGGCUCAUGUUCUAGUCAGCUGAGUUAGACUGUUAAAAGGGUAUUGAUAUUACGCCAUACUUUGUCUCCAUACAGCUGAAUGGGCUCAUGUUCUAGUCAGCUGAGUUAGACUGUUAAAAGGGUAUUGAUAUUACACCAUACUUUGUCUCCAUACAGCUGAAUGGGCUCAUGUUCUAGUCAGCUGAGUUAGACUGUUAAAAGGGUAUUGAUAUUACGCCAUACUUUGUCUCCAUACAGCUGAAUGGGCUCAUGUUCUAGUAAGCUGAGUUAGACUGUUAAAAGGGUAUUGAUAUUACGCCAUACUUUGUCUUCAUACAGCUGAAUGGGCUCAUGUUCUAGUCAGCUGAGUUAGACUGUUUAAAGGGUAUUGAUAUUACGCCAUACUUUGUCUUCAUACAGCUGAAUGGGCUCAUGUUCUAGUCAGCUGAGUUAGACUGUUAAAAGGGUAUUGAUAUUAUGCCAUACUUUGUCUCCAUACAGCUGAAUGGGCUCAUGUUCUAGUAAGCUGAGUUAGACUGUUUAAAGGGUAUUGAUAUUACGCCAUACUUUGUCUCCAUACAGCUGAAUGGGCUCAUGUUCUAGUCAGCUGAGUUAGACUGUUAAAAGGGUAUUGAUAUUAUGCCAUACUUUGUCUCCAUACAGCUGAAUGGGCUCAUGUUCUAGUAGGCUGAGGUAGACUGUUCCAAGGGUAUUGAUAUUACGCCAUACUUUGUCUCCAUACAGCUGAAUGGGCUCAUGUUCUAGUAAGCUGAGUUAGACUGUUAAAAGGGUAUUGAUAUUACGCCAUACUUUGUCUUCAUACAGCUGAAUGGGCUCAUGUUCUAGUCAGCUGAGUUAGACUGUUUAAAGGGUAUUGAUAUUACGCCAUACUUUGUCUUCAUACAGCUGAAUGGGCUCAUGUUCUAGUCAGCUGAGUUAGACUGUUAAAAGGGUAUUGAUAUUAUGCCAUACUUUGUCUCCAUACAGCUGAAUGGGCUCAUGUUCUAGUAAGCUGAGUUAGACUGUUUAAAGGGUAUUGAUAUUACGCCAUACUUUGUCUCCAUACAGCUGAAUGGGCUCAUGUUCUAGUCAGCUGAGUUAGACUGUUAAAAGGGUAUUGAUAUUAUGCCAUACUUUGUCUCCAUACAGCUGAAUGGGCUCAUGUUCUAGUAGGCUGAGGUAGACUGUUCCAAGGGUAUUGAUAUUACGCCAUACUUUGUCUCCAUACAGCUGAAUGGGCUCAUGUUCUAGUAGGCUGAGGUAAACUGUUCCAAGGGUAUUGAUAUUACAGCAUACUUUGUCUCCAUACAGCUGAAUGGCCUGGAGACUUUGAGUGAGAAUGUUGCUGACAGUGGCGGUCUCAUGUUGGCCUACAAGGCUGCCAAGGAAGAGCACUCUAACGCCAAGAUGUUGCCAGGAUUAAAUUACACGCUUAAUCAGCUGUUUUUUAUAGGGUACAGCCAGGUACAGUACACAUAAUCAGCUGUUCUUUCAAGGGUACAGCCAGGUACCACACACAUAAUUAGCUAUUCUUUUUAGGGUACAACCAGGUGUGGUGCUCGAAUACAUAACGAUACAGUCCAAACGUACGGUAGUUUAAUUGUAAUACAGGGGCUUAUAAUUAACUAACUAUCUCAAUUAACUUUUUAAUGGACACAUUUCAUAUUUUUGAAGCAAAAACGCAUUAUAGUGAAGGCGCGAAUAUAAGCAUGAAGUGGUGAGGAACGACUGUACACCAAUAUUAAGUAGAGAGCUGUACCACUGACUGCAGACACCAAUAAGUAGAGAGCUGUACCACUGACUGCAUACACCAAUAAGUAGAGCGGUGUACCACUGACUGCAGACACCAAUAAGUAGAGAGGUGUACCACUAACUGCAGACACCAAUAAGUAGAGAUGUGUACCACUGAUUGCAAACACCAAUAAGUAGAGAGGUGUACCACUGACUGCAGACACCAUUAAGUAGAGAUGUGUACCACUGACUGCCUACACCAAUAAGUAGAGAUGUGUACCACUGACUGCAGACACCAAUUAGUAGAGAUGUGUACCACUGACUGCAUACACCAAUAAGUAGAGAUGUGUACCACUGACUGCAGACACCAAUAAGUAGAGAUGUGUACCACUGACUGCAUACACCAAUAAGUAGAGAGGUGUACCACUGACUGCAUACACCAAUAAGUAAAGAUGUGUACCACUGACUGCAUACACAAAUAAGUAGAGAUGUGUACCACUGACUGCCGACACCAAUAAGUAGAGAGGUGUACCACUGACUGCAUACACCAAUAAGUAGAGAUGUGUACCACUGACUGCAUAUACCAAUAAGUAGAGAUGUGUACCACUGACUGCAUAUAUUAAUAAGUAGAUAUGUGCACCACUGACUGCAUACACCAAUAAGUAGAGAUGUGUACCACUGACUGCAUAUACCAGUAAGUAGAGAUGUGUACAACUGACUGCAUAUAUAAAUAAGUAGAGAUGUGUACCACAGACUUCAGACUCCAAUAAGUAGAGAUGUGUACCACUGACUGCAUACACCAAUAAGUAGAGGGGUGUACCACUGACUGCAUACACCAAUAAGUAGAGAUGUGUACCACUGACUGCAGACACCAAUAAGUAGAGAGCUGUACCACUGACUGCAUAUAUUAAUAAGUAGAUAUGUGUACCACUGACUGCAUACACCAAUAAGUAGAGAUGUGUACCACUGACUGGAUAUACCAAUAAGUAGAGAUGUGUACCACUGACUGCAUAUACCAAUAAGUAGAGAUGUGUACCACUGGCUGCAUAUAUAAAUAAGUAGAGAUGUGUACCACAUACUUCAGACACCAAUAAGUAGUGAUGUGUACCACUGACUGCAUACACCAAUAAGUAGAGGGGUUUACCACUGACUGCAUACACCAAUAAGUAGAGAUGUGUACCACUGACUGCAGACAUCAAUUAGUAGAGUGGUGUACCACUGACUGCAGACACCAAUAAGUAGUGAUGUGUACCACUGACUGCAGACACCAAUAAGUAGAGAUGUGUACCACUGACUGCAGACAUCAAUUAGUACAGAUGUGUACCACUGACUGCAUACACCAAUAAAAAGAGUGGUGUACCACUGACUGCAUACACCAAUAAGUAGAGAUGUGUGCCAAUGAUUGCAGACACCAAUAAGUAGAGAGGUGUACCACUGACUGCGGACACCAAUAAGUAGUGAUGUGUACCACUGACUGCAGACACCAAUAAGUAGAGAUGUGUACCACUGACUGCAUACACCAAUAAGUAGAGAGGUGUACCACUGACUGCACACCAAUAAGUAGAGAUGUGUACCACUGACUGCAGACACCAAUAAGUAGAGAUGUGUACCAUUGACUGCAUAUACCAAUAAGUAGAGAUGUGUACCACUGACUGCAUACACCAAUAAGUAGAGAGGUGUACCACUGACUGCAGACACCAAUAAGUAGAGAUGUGUACCACUGACUGCAUACACCAAUAAGUAGAGAGGUGUACCACUGACUGCACACCAAUAAGUAGAGAUGUGUACCACUGACUGCAGACACCAAUAAGUAGAGAUGUGUACCAUUGACUGCAUAUACCAAUAAGUAGAGAUGUGUAACACUGACUGCAUACACCAAUAAGUAGAGAGGUGUACCACUGACUGCAUACACCAAGAAGUAGAGAUUUGUACCACUGACUGCAUACACCAAUAAGUAGAGAGGUGUACCACUGACUGCAGACAACAAUACGUAGAGGGGUGUACCACUGACUGCAUACACCAAAAUGUAGAGAGGUGUUCCACUGACUGCAUACACCAAUAAGUAGAGAGGUGUACCACUGACUGCAUACACCAAUAAGUAGAGAGGUGUACCACUGACCGCACACCAAUAAAUAGAGAGGUGUACCACUGACUGCAUACACCAAUAAGUAGAGAGGUGUACCACUGAGUGCACACCAAUAAGUAGAGAGGUGUACCACUGACUGCGGACACCAAUAAGUAGAGGGGUGUACCACUGACUGCAGACACCAAUAAGUAGAGAGGUGUAUUACUGACUGCAGACACCAAUAAGUAGAGAUGUGUACCACUGACAGCAUAUACCAAUAAGUAGAGAUGUGUACCACUUACUGCAUAUACCAAUAAGUAGAGAUGUGUUCCACUGACUGCAUAUACCAAUAAGUAGAGAUGUGUACCACAGACUUCAGACACCAAUAAGUAGAGAUGUGUACCACUGACUGCAUAUACCAAUAAGUAGAGAUGUGUAUUACUGACUGCAUAUACCAAUUAGUAGAGAUGUGUACCACUGACUGCAUACACCAAUAAGUAGAGAGGUGUACAACAGACUGCAUAUACCAAUAAGUAGAGAUGUGUACCACUGACUGCGGACACCAAUAAGUAGAGAGGUGUACCACUGACCGCAUAUACCAAUAAGUAGAGAUGUGUACCAUUGACUGCAUACACAAAUAAGUAGAGAUGUGUACCACUGACUGCAUAUACCAAUAAGUUGAGAUGUGUACCACUGACAGCAUAUACCAAUAAGUAGAGGGCUGUACCACUGACUGCAUAUACCAAUAAGUAGAGAUGUGUACCACUGACUGCAGACACCAAUAAGUAGAGAUGUGUAACACUGACUGCAUACACCAAUAAGUAUUGAUGUGUACCACUGACUGCAUAUACCAAUAAGUAGAGAUGUGUACCACUGACUGCAUACACCAAUAAGUAGAUUGCUGUACCACUGACUGCAUAUACCAAUAAGUAGAGAUGUGUACCACUGACUGCAUACACCAAUAAGUAGAGAUGUGUACCACAGACUUCAGACACCAAUAAGUAGAGAUGUGUACCACAGACAUUAGACACCAAUAAGUAGAGAUGUGUACCACAUACUUCAGACACCAAUAAGUAGAGAUGUUUACCACAGACUUCAGACACCAAUAAGUAGAGAUGUGUACCAGUGACUGCCUACACCAAUAAGUAGAGAGGUGUACCACUGACUGCACACCAAUAAGUAGAGAUGUGUACCAGUGACUGCAUACACCAAUAAGUAGAGAGGUGUACCACUGACUGCAUAUACCAAUAAGUAGAGAGGUGUACCACUGACUGCACACCAAUAAGUAGAGAUUUGUACCAGUGACUGCCUACACCAAUAAGUAGAGUGGUGUACCACUGACUGCAUACACCAAUAAGUAGAGAGGUGUACCACUGACUGCAUAUACCAAUAAGUAGAGGGGUGUACCACUGACUGCAUACAUCAAUAAGUAGAGAUGUGUACCACUGACUGCUGACACCAAUAAGUAGAGUGGUGUACCACUGACUGCAGACACCAAUAAGUAGAGAGGUGUACCACUGAUUGCAUAUACCAAUAAGUAGAGAGGUGUACCACUGACUGCAUAUACCAAUAAGUAGAGAUGUGUACCACUGACUGCAUAUACCAAUAAGUUGAGAUGUGUACCACUAACUGCAGACACCAAUAAGUAGAGAUGUGUACCACUGACUACAUACACCAAUAAGUAGAGAUGUGUACCACUGACUGCAGACACCAAUAAGUAGAGAUGUGUACCACAGACUUCAGACACCAAUAAGUAGAGAGGUGUACCACAGACUUCAGACACCAAUAAGUAGAGAGGUGUCCACCUGACUGCUUGCACCAUGAGACAUAAAGAUUGAUGAUUCUUGUUGUAUUUCAACUUGUGUGUCAUCAGUUCAUGAUCAUGUAUUUGACAUGUUUUUAACAAUGAAAGGUUUAUGCAUGUACUUAGUACUUUCGUCUUUAAAUAACAGUAGCAUCUAUGUAAACAUAAUAAACAGGGAUUCUCAACCCAGGGUGUGUGGAACGCAGUGUCAGGUGGUUAGGGAGAAACCAGAAAAUUAAAAGGUGUGUUUCCAUUUAUAUAAUUUUAAAUAUUUUGUGUGGGGGGGGGGGGGAAGAAUACAUUUUUUUAAAAUAGAUAUUUGGGUUUUGAAAAUAAUUAAAAAUUAGGGGGGGGGGGGGCUGAAAAAAGUUUCAGAAUCCGUGAUAAAAACACAUUCAAAAGGGGGGAAGAAUACAUUUUUUUAAAAUAGAUAUUUGGGUUUUGAAAAUAAUUAAAAAUUAGGGGGGGGGGGUGCUGCAAAAAGUUUCAGAAUCCCUGAUAUAAACAACUUCAAAUGUGUCAACCAUUUAUUGAGUUUAGACCCCAUCUUAUUCGUUUCUGUCUUCUGUAGGCAUUCUGUGCAGUCUCAGAACCCCCGAUAGAGGCGCUGUUAGCCAAUCAUGCACCACACGCUCCAGAGCGGAUCAGGUGAGUGAAUGAUGGCUAUAAAAUUGAGGAUGAGGUCAGUGAAUGAUAGCUAUAACAUUGAGGAUGAGGUCAGUGAAUGAUAGCUGUAACAUUGAGGAUGAGGUCAGUGAAUGAUAGCUGUAACAUUGAGGAUGAGGUGAGUGAAUGAUAGCUAUAACAUUGAGGAUGAGGUCAGUGAAUGAUGACUAUAACAUUGAGGAUGAGGUCAGUGAAUGAUAGCUGUAACAUUGAGGAUGAGGUGAGUGAAUGAUAGCUAUAACAGUGAGGAUGAGGUGAGUGAAUGAUGACUAUAAGAUUGAGGAUGAGGUCAGUGAAUGAUAGCUAUAACAUUUAGGAUGAGGUUAGUGAAUGAUAGCUAUAACAUUGAGGAUGAGGUGAGUGAAUGAUAGCUGUAACAUUGAGGAUGAGGUCAGUGAAUGAUAGCUGUAACAUUGAGGAUGAGGUGAGUGAAUGAUGGCUCUAACAUUGAGGAUGAGGUCAGUGAAUGAUGGCUAUAACAUUGAGGAUGAGGUCAGUGAAUGAUAGCUGUAACAUUGAGGAUGAGGUGAGUGAAUGAUAGCUAUAACAUUGAGGAUGAGGUGAGUGAAUGAUGACUAUAACAUUGAGGAUGAGGUGAGUGAAUGAUGGCUAUAACAUUGAGGAUGAGGUGAGUGAAUGAUGGCUAUAACAUUGAGGAUGAGGUGAGUGAAUGAUGGCUAUAACAUUGAGGAUGAGGUGAGUGAAUGAUGGCUAUAACAUUGCGGAUGAGGUGAGUGAAUGAUGGCUUUAACAUUUUGGAAAUGAUUUUUUUUUUUAAAAAGGCAAGAAAAAAAAAAGGAAAGAUAAAUAAAUAUUAUGUAUUGUGUUAUUCUACCGGAUUAAAUAAUAAAUUGAAAUAUAAAAAAUGAGUUUAAACGCUCUAAAAAGUAGAAAAUAAUUUUAUAUUUCUAACUUUGAGUGAGUCUCAACUCGUCUUUGAAAAAGCAAAUCUUUUUAAAAAUUAAAUUUUUAAAUAUAAAUUUUAUUUUCUACCUUUUAGUAUAAAAAAAUUCUAAUUGUAAUUAUUUACUUUAAAAAAAACAACAACAACGAUUGCUUACAAAAUUCCGUUUAAAGUAACUUAACUCAAUACUAGGCGUAUAGCUAAAAAGUAGGACUCAAUGGCAGUGGGGUUUCAUACCCCUGGUUGCCGGACCUCCGAAACCAAACGCCUGACACCCUGCGCCAAAGUCCAUCCAAACCACCCCUCACCCCAAUCCUACAUUUCUCACCUGAGCUACCACGAGGCAGACGCGGUCAACUGCGAUCAACUGAAUGAGAGGGCCACGUGGGACAAAACAAAGUCACGCUGCAAAGUUACCCUCAAACCCCUGGGACUUGUGGGGUGAAAGUAAGCCUUUAAUGUUUAUGAAAAUAGAAUCAGUGCCACACCUUCAGUGCCACACCAUCAGCGCCACAGCAUCGGGCGCCACACCAUCAGUGGGAAAGGGGUGGGGGCAGAGGGCACACUUUUUUUCUUUGUAUCAAGGGAUGUCCUAUUUGGCCAACGCCAAAGUUUUUUUUUGUGGAAGAUGAAAAGGGUGAGGGGGGGGGGCAAUAUUGCCCAGAGGGGUACUUUAUCCUUGCUACACCACCGUAUACCGACACUACAUUUACCUACUUCCACUGUCAUAUAUAUGUCAUAUAAAUAUGUCCCCUGUCAUAUAUCAUAUGUCAUGUACACAUGAUGUCAUAAAACCAUUGCCAUACAACUACCAAUACGUCAUAAGUCAUGUACAUUGCACAUGCCAUCUUUUGAUCCCAAUCUUGUUACCCCCACCCCUCUCAACAACCCCCCCUCCCCCCCCCCCCAUGCACAGAGUCAACGGAAGUCUGUCAGGCAGUGUUGAGCACAUGCCAUCCUUUGAUCCCAACCCUCUUACCCCCCCCCCCCUCAACAACCCCCCCCCCCCCCCCCCCAUGCACAGAGUCAACGGAAGUCUGUCAGGCAGUGUUGAAUUCUUGGCCGCCUUCAGCUGUCAUUCUGGUGCCAAAACAAAGUGUAAAGUUUGGUGAACGUGGCGUCGUCUGGAAAAUGACAUGUCAACCAAUCAUUUGGCCUGAAAACUUCAGACAUUUUUUUAAACGCCCACGAUGAAACACGAAAGUUUGGGUCAACUGUCAGUUCAUAGGUUAAAAAGUGAGCUCUUCAUGGAAUGCAUGGCAUUGAAACUAUGGUCACCGCUGGCACUCUUCUUGAUGUUACGACAUGAUUACAGUGACUGAAGUCAUCAAUAUGCCUCACGCAAUAAACGACUAGUGUCUGCACGAUAGACUUGACCAAAGCGAUUGGAAACCAGCAUUAAUAAAUAUUUC